GUCUCUGGACUGUCAGGAGGACCGUUGGUGCUACAGUGGAAGUCAGCAACUAAGUCUCGUGUAUGGCGUGGUUAAGGUUACAGCCUCUCACCUCUGCCUUCCUCCAUUUUGGGCUGAUUACUUUUGUGCUCUUCCUGAAUGGUCUUCGGGCAGAGGCUGGUGGCUCAGGGGAUGUGCCCAGCACAGGGCAGAACAAUGAGUCCUGUUCAGGGUCAUCAGACUGCAAGGAGGGUGUCAUCUUACCAAUCUGGUACCCGGAGAACCCUUCCCUUGGAGACAAGAUUGCCAGGGUCAUUGUCUAUUUUGUGGCCUUGAUAUACAUGUUCCUUGGGGUAUCCAUCAUUGCUGACCGCUUCAUGGCAUCUAUUGAAGUUAUCACUUCUCAAGAGAGAGAGGUGACUAUCAAAAAGCCCAAUGGAGAGACCAGCACAACAACAAUUCGGGUAUGGAAUGAAACUGUCUCCAACCUGACCCUUAUGGCCCUGGGUUCCUCUGCUCCUGAGAUCCUUCUCACUUUAAUUGAGGUGUGUGGUCAUGGGUUCAUUGCUGGUGAUCUGGGACCUUCUACCGUCGUAGGCAGUGCAGCUUUCAACAUGUUUAUCAUUAUUGGCAUCUGUGUCUACGUGAUUCCUGAUGGAGAGACUCGUAAGAUCAAGCACCUACGAGUCUUCUUUGUCACUGCUGCUUGGAGCAUCUUUGCCUACAUCUGGCUCUAUAUGAUCUUGGCAGUCUUCUCUCCUGGUGUGGUCCAGGUUUGGGAAGGCCUCCUUACUCUCUUCUUUUUUCCAGUGUGUGUCUUUCUGGCCUGGAUGGCCGAUAAGCGACUGCUCUUCUAUAAAUACAUGCACAAAAAGUAUCGCACAGAUAAACACCGAGGAAUUAUCAUUGAGACAGAGGGUGAGCACCCCAAGGGCAUUGAGAUGGAUGGAAAAAUGAUGAAUUCCCACUUCUUAGAUGGGAACCUGGUGCCCUUGGAAGGGAAGGAAGUGGAUGAGUCCCGCAGGGAGAUGAUCCGGAUUCUCAAAGAUCUGAAGCAAAAACACCCAGAGAAGGACUUAGAUCAGCUCGUAGAGAUGGCCAAUUACUAUGCUCUUUCCCAUCAGCAGAAGAGCCGCGCCUUCUACCGGAUCCAGGCCACCCGUAUGAUGACUGGCGCAGGCAAUAUCCUGAAGAAACAUGCAGCAGAACAAGCCAAAAAGUCCUCCAGCAUGAGUGAGGUACACACUGAUGAACCUGAGGACUUUGUCUCCAAGGUCUUCUUUGACCCAUGUUCUUACCAGUGCCUGGAGAACUGUGGGGCUGUGCUCCUGACAGUGGUGAGAAAAGGGGGGGACAUGUCCAAGACCAUGUAUGUGGACUACAAAACAGAGGAUGGUUCUGCCAAUGCAGGGGCUGACUAUGAGUUCACAGAGGGCACUGUGGUUCUGAAGCCAGGAGAGACCCAGAAGGAGUUCUCUGUGGGCAUCAUUGACGAUGACAUUUUUGAGGAGGAUGAACACUUCUUUGUGAGGUUGAGCAGUGUCCGCAUAGAGGAGGAGCUACCAGAGGAGGGGAUGCCUCCAACACUACUCAAUUGUCUUCCCUUGCCUCGGGCUGUCCUGGCGUCUCCUUAUGUGGCCACAGUCACUAUCUUGGAUGAUGACCAUGCAGGCAUCUUCACUUUUGAAUGUGACACUAUUCAUGUCAGUGAGAGUGUUGGUAUCAUGGAGGUCAAGGUUCUGAGGACAUCAGGUGCCCGGGGCACAGUAAUAGUCCCCUUUAGGACAGUAGAAGGGACAGCCAAGGGUGGUGGUGAGGAUUUUGAAGACACGUAUGGGGAGCUGGAGUUCAAGAAUGAUGAAACUGUGAAAACCAUAAGGGUUAAAAUAGUAGAUGAGGAGGAAUACGAAAGGCAAGAGAAUUUCUUCAUUGCCCUUGGUGAACCGAAAUGGAUGGAACGUGGAAUAUCAGAGGUGACAGACAGGAAGCUGACUAUGGAGGAAGAGGAAGCCAAGAGGAUAGCAGAAAUGGGAAAGCCAGUAUUGGGUCAACACCCCAAACUAGAGGUCAUCAUUGAAGAGUCCUAUGAGUUCAAGAGUACAGUGGAUAAAUUGAUCAAGAAGACAAACUUGGCCUUGGUUGUGGGGACCCAUUCCUGGAGGGACCAAUUCAUGGAAGCCAUCACUGUCAGUGCAGCAGGGGACGAGGAUGAGGAUGAGUCAGGCGAGGAGAGGCUGCCAUCCUGCUUUGACUACGUCAUGCACUUCCUGACGGUCUUCUGGAAAGUGCUCUUUGCCUGCGUGCCCCCCACAGAGUACUGCCACGGCUGGGCCUGCUUCGUCGUCUCCAUCCUCAUCAUCGGCAUGCUCACGGCCAUCAUCGGGGACCUGGCCUCUCACUUUGGCUGCACCAUUGGCCUCAAGGACUCAGUCACAGCUGUUGUUUUCGUGGCAUUUGGCACUUCUGUGCCAGAUACCUUUGCCAGCAAAGCUGCCGCCAUCCAGGACGUGUACGCAGACGCCUCCAUUGGCAACGUCACGGGCAGCAACGCCGUCAACGUCUUCUUGGGCAUCGGCCUGGCCUGGUCCGUGGCCGCCAUCUACUGGGCCUUUCAGGGACAGGAGUUCCACGUGUCUGCAGGCACGCUGGCCUUCUCCGUUACCCUCUUCACCAUCUUCGCGUUCGUCUGCAUCAGCGUGCUCUUGUACCGCCGGCGGCCCCACCUAGGCGGGGAGCUCGGCGGCCCUCGUGGCUGCAAGCUUGCCACGACUUGGCUGUUCGUGAGCCUGUGGCUCCUCUACAUACUCUUUGCUAGUCUGGAGGCCUACUGCUACAUCAAGGGGUUCUGAGCCACAGCCCAGGCCUCCAGCAGGGCAGGCCCAUGACUUCUGAGAGAAGGGCACUUCACCAGGGACCUCUCUGGGAUGAGCAGCCCUGGAGAGGCAGCUUUAGGAUCUGAGCCCCAGGAACUUCACCCAACCUAGGCCCUGGCAAUGAACUGAACGGGCAGAGUCUUAAUCAAUCAAACGGGAUGGAGGAAACACCCACUUUGCCAAGUAUUUAAUUCAAUACAAACCAACAUCAGCAACAAAUCCACCUCUGCCCAUCUCCCCACCCAUGUCCCUCACCUAUAGCAAAGAUCAGAACCUUUCACAAUCUUCUAUUUCACCUUCUGAUUAUUCCUGAGCUUCUGCUUUCUUUGGGGGCCGGGUUUCUCCCGUCUGUCUAACUCGAUGCAUCACUGUUCUCUCACUCAGCUGCCAGGGCAUGAACAUGAGUCAUCGCCAUGUGGCUGCUUUGGGGUUCUCUUUUCAUUGUAAUUAUUACCAUGGUUGCUUUUUUUUUUUCAUCAGGUUUUGCUCAUUGUUUGUUCUGUCUUUUCUUUCUGAAGUUAGUGAGAAAGGUGCUGUGAAGGAACUCGAGGUCUGAGCCAACAGAUAGAGGCAUUAAUUUUCAGACACACACUCUUCCACUGUCACCGCGUAACCGCUGUCUCUUGGCUCCAUGAAGGUCCUGUCUCCCGUCUCUCUCUUUUUUUUUUUUCUUUUUUUAAUCUGAAUUCUUAAGUGGACUGAUGAUGUUUGGAUGGAAGUAAGUUUGUACACGCACGCGGGGCACUAAAGGAGGACAAGGGGCAGUGGCUGGAGCAAGGAGGAGCUUCAUAUGCUUAUGUCAAAAUCAAAUUUAAAGAAAAAGUCAUUGUUCUUUUCCUUGCCCAAACCUUUCAAAUUCCGUCCCGUGGUGUCAAUAACUAUAUGUUUAUCCUUUUGCAGGAUUCACCAAACAGGAGAUAAGGGACAAUUAUAGGGAUGGAAUGUGAUGACAGAGGGCAGCUGGGGAAGCAAAAGGGGUUUUUUGCCUCCUUAAGUAUCUUUGGCUUUGUAUCUGAGGCAGGAGAGGAAGGGCGUCCCACUGGUGAGGUCUUUAAGGGGGAAGAGUAUAUUUAAAAUGUCAGUGCUCCCGAGAAAGGUCAGCUUCACCGCCCCUCGUCUGAUGCACCGUACUAAGAGGUCUGACUGUAUUUCUUGAGGUUACGCAAAAAGCUGGAGGUUUAUAAGAAAAUAACUUCCAUUGCUC